ACAAAUCAUGCUAAUUGUUUGGGGGAAAGUGCGAGCGUUAGACCCAAGAUGAAGGCAGGGAGGAAGGCUCGCUCCAGGACGCUAGCCUCUCCUGCUCUACCGCACCUCUGCUGCCUCCUCUUCCUUUUCCAAUCAGGGUUUGUUAAAGGGGUGAACAUCACCACUCUUGGGACUCUGAUCCGAGGAACAGUGGGUGGGGAAGCCCUGCUCUCUGUCCGAUACUCCAGCACUAGUCUGGACCCGCCGGUCAUCAAAUGGCAGCUGAAGAGAGACAAACCGGUCACUGUGGUUCAGUCCAUCGGCACAGAGAUCAUCGGUAACCUGCGACCAGAGUACCGAGACCGCAUCUUGGUGUUCGAGAAUGGAACGCUCCUGCUCCAUAACCUAAAGCUCUCCGAUGAGGGAACAUAUGAGGUGGAGAUCUCCAUCACUGAUGACACCUUCACAGGAGAAGGCAGCAUUGACCUCACUGUGGAUGAGCCAAUAUCCAGACCCUACAUAGACGUAGUCACUUCUGCUGUCCUGGAACUGACCGAGCACUUCACCCUGAACUGCUCUCAUGAUGCGGGCACCAAGACCACUUACAGCUGGACAAAAGGAGGCAAGCCACUAACAAACGACACUCGCCUGCUGCUCUCUCCUGACCAAAAGGUCCUGACCAUUAUGCGAGUUCUGAUGGUGGAUGAUGAUGUCUACAGCUGCCUGGUGGAGAACCCUAUUAGCAGUAUCAGGAGCCUGCCACUCAAACUCACAGUUUAUAGAAGAAGCUCCCUUUACAUCAUCCUUUCCACAGGGGGCAUAUUCCUCCUAAUCACACUGGUAACUGUGUGUGCAUGCUGGAAACCAACAAAAAAAAAGCAGAAAAGACAGAGGACCAAAACAAAGGUCCCGAGAUCCAUCCCUCAAAGCCAUCAUGUAAUACAUGAGGACAAGCCAGAAGAUGAUGUCAUCCCGAUAAUGACCGACCAUGAACGCAGAAAUCCAGUAUCACUUUACAUCCUGAAAGAAAAGGACCCUCCAGAUGAAGAACCAGCUUCAAUAUGCAAAACAUGUACUUCCAACGGCGGCGGCGGCGGCAGCAGCGUAAGCCCCCCAAGCUACAGCAGCUCCGCGGCUCCCCCUCCAUCCCGCUCUCCAGACCCUCCAUCCCGCUCCUCGCGCCGCUACCCCCGCACCCCCACCAACUCUCCACCUGUGCACCAUUACCACCGCAGGCAGGGCCGCAGCCGCAGCCACAGCCCCGGGACCCCCUCCCCACCCCGUAGCCGCAGCAACGGCCGUCCCUCCCCACGACCCCCUGCACCCUCGCCUCCCAGCCUCCGGCGGCCACCCACCCCUGAAUCAGAGCACAGCAGCAGUGGCUCGCCUAAAACCUGAACAACCUUUGACCCCGACCACCUCUGCCAAGGCUCAUAGGGAUACAAAGCCUUCACAUGAACUAAUGACUUGUUUACAGGACAGAUGUAAAUAUGUAAAUACACAAGAUACAAAUAGAUUUUUCCUUCAGACGCACACCAGUAUCUUUAUUUACACAACAGGCCCGUAUCCUACAUUUUUCUUGCGUGUUAUUUGUUUACCUGAGAUCCGCUUAGGACGUUUGUGUGGAUUUGUUUACCAACAAAAGUCAUAAUUAAUUUGCAUAUGAACAUUUUCUGACCUCUUUCUCCCUCAAAAUUAAAGGGACAGUUUUAAUACUGCAUUUGUUAAACUGGUAUAUGUAAAUGCCCUCUAUCCUAAUUGGCUGCUCUUUGUUGUGUCUGGUUCAAAAAGCAGUACAGGCUGAAACACUUUCAACUGCAAUGACAAUGGACAAAGUGCUGUAGGCUGAAUAGACAGAUAGAUAGA